UUGCUUCAUUCGGAUGCCGCGGCACAUUUUUCACCAUAAACGACUUUCUUUUAUGUUAAAAAAUUAAUGAUUGAACAUUGAAAAUCUUUUUUGAUCUAUAUAUAUUUUUCUAGGUAAUGUGUUCCCUGGGGAGCUGCCGCUGAAUGUCCACAUUGAAGGCUGCGUUACACCACCAUGUCGCCUGCCGCAACUACAAGAUGCUGUGCUGAAUAUCGUCUUCAGAGCUCCUCAUGAUAUAACACGUAUGAACACUCUAGCCACAGCGUUUGUCGGUAUUAUACCAGUACCAGUGCCAUUUCCUAUGGGACACCUAUCAGCAGCAUGCGACCUACUACUGGAUAUUAGUUGUCCUGUGGCUAAAGGACAUACUAUAAACUAUGAACUUAAUAUAUUCAUGGAACCAUCUGUCAUGCUAUUGAAUACUCGAGCCAACGUUGAGUUCAGAAUAGUAGACCAAGAUAAUCAACCACUUAUAUGCAUCGACGUGCCAUUUCAUAUUGUGCCAGCGAACAGCACAAUGUUAGCAGAAAACUAGUCAUGCUUCCUUAGUCUUCUAAUGUACCCUCUUUUUAACUUUAUUAGAAAUAUUAUAGAUAUA